AUGCUGUUGGGAGCAGAUGUGUUUUGGGAUGUCAUAAGUACAGAACAAAUAAGGUUAGGAAAGGACAAGCCAGUUUUACAAAAUUCUAUUUUUGGCUGGUUAUUAGCAGGGCCAGUCAUGUGCAAUGCAAAUUCUAACAGUAGGAUUGCAUGUAAUUUCAGUCAAGAUAUUAGUCAUCAGCUGCAAAGAUUUUGGGAGUUGGAAGAGGUACCAUCCAAGCCAGUGAUGUCUCCUGAAGAUGAAGCAUGCGAACAGCACUUCCUGAAAUACACUCAGCGCUUAGAAGAUGGUAGAUUUUGCGUCAGAAUGCCCUUGAAAACAGAGCCUGAAAAAUUAGGUAAUUCUUAUUAUUUAGCUCGCAAGAGAUUUGAGUCUUUAGAAAGGCGUUUUCAAAGGCAACCUGAGGUAAAAGAGCAAUAUGUUAAUUUUAUACAGGAGUAUCAGGACCUGGGUCAUGCGUCGGAGAUUGAGAGACCAGACAGAGCUGUGAUUUUGCCUCAUCAUCCUGUUCUUAAGGAGCAGCAUGAGUCUACUAAGUGUAGAGUAGUAUUUGAUGCAUCUGCUAAGACAACUUCUGGUUUAUCGCUCAAUGAUGUCAUGAUGAUAGAAGCCAUCCUCAAUUCUAGACCUCUAGUUCCACUAUCUUCCCAUCCCAAUGACCUUUCCCCUCUCACUCCCGGGCACUUCCUCGUAGGGAGACCUCUAACGUCAUUGCCAACGCCUGAUUUAAAGGACGCUAAUCCAAGCCGUCUUCACAGAUAUGCCCGCAUAGAGCAAGCCAGGCAGCAUUUCUGGACAAGAUGGAGCCGGGAAUACAUUUGCGAACUACAACAACGCACCAAGUGGCAGACCAAGCACCCUAACAUCGAGCCUGGCCAACUGGUGCUAAUAAGAGACGAGCGUUGCCCGCCAUUGAAAUGGCCACUCGGGCGCAUCACAUCGGUGUACCCAGGUUCCGACGGCGCCAUCCGGGUCGUCGACAUUUUGACAUCGCAGGGUCAGAUCCGUCGAGCUAUAAACCGGGUCUGCCCCCUGCUCGACGAGGAGUAG